AUGGCUCCGACCAAGCCAACGCUUCACCCACUCAAAACUCCUAAAAACACUGCAUUUCCCUCGGAGAUUCAGAGUGCCACACCCUCUUCGAUAUCCGAUAUAAAGAGUGACCCAAUAUCGACUCCUAUCACUCCUCCGCUCGCCUACACCGAAUUCCUCAAAGCCAUGACCCCCGUCUUCACGAGUCCAUCCAGUCCCGGGGUUAGCUUCCCCCGAUACCCUAUUGAGAAAAUAAGCACACCAACGUCUCAACCUGCCUCGGCAACAUUGCCUUCAUUUGCCAAGGGAGAAACUGUCAAGUCCGCAACAUUUCCUCCGAAAUAUUUACACACCCCGCUUUCAGCAAAAUCUCCUAUCGGGCGGCGACGUAUGAAGGUGUCACCCAUCAAGACAUCUUUCAAAGGAGCAUCACCAACCACAAAGUCACCUCUAAGCGCCUCGGCUCUUCGGUCUCCGUACACACAAUCCGAGUGGAAGCUAAGAUACGUUGAAACACCUCGCAGUGCGUGCGGGAAAUCAGUCAGUGUGAAACAAGUUGUCACUAGAACGGUUACCUAUAAGCGGACUCCUUUGGAGCAGCCUCCGAAAGGAAAGCGGCGGAAGACUACCCAAGUUUAA